AUGGUAAAAGCAGUUACACUCGCAACUUGUAAUCUAAAUCAAUGGGCAUUAGAUUUUAAAGGUAAUCUAGAAAGAAUUAUUGAAUCGAUCAAGAUUGCUAAAAAUAAUGGAGCAAAAUAUAGAUUAGGACCAGAGCUUGAAAUUUCUGGUUAUGGUUGUGAAGAUCAUUUCUAUGAACAAGAUACACAUAUUCAUAGUUGGAUGUCGGUUGCCACUCUGUUGGAUAGCGAUUUGACUAAUGAUAUUAUUGUGGAUGUUGGAAUGCCUGUCUUACAUAAGGGCGUUAGAUACAAUUGUAGAGUGAUACUCUAUAACAAACAGAUUGUGUUGAUCACACCGAAAAAGGCACUGGCAAUGGAUGGCAACUAUCGUGAGAAUCGUUGGUUCACUCCGUGGCUGAAACCACGUACUCUAGAGACAUACUACUUGCCAAAGUCUAUCAGUGAUAUAACGGGACAAGAGAGUUGUCCGAUUGGUGACGCGAUCAUCUCGACGCUCGACACUGCGAUCGCUUCGGAGACCUGCGAGGAACUGUUCCUUCCAAACUCACCGCAUAUCGAGAUGGGACUGGACGGCGUUGAAAUCAUCACAAACGGCUCGGGUUCACAUCAUCAGUUGAGAAAGCUGUGUACACGUGUCGACCUGAUAAAGUCGGCCACCUCGAAAUCCGGUGGAAUCUACUUGUAUGCCAAUCAGCAGGGAUGUGAUGGUGGACGUCUUUACUACGACGGCUGUUGCAUGGUGAUGAUCAACGGUGAUUGCGUUGCACAGGGCAGUCAGUUCUCGUUGAACGACGUCGAAGUCAUCAUUGCCACACUCGACCUCGACGACGUGCGUUCUUUCCGUGCCAGUUUCAUGAGUCGUUGCUCACAGGCAACACUCACCGAGGAGUUCCCUCGUGUGCGUUGUCUCAUUCGUAUGUCGAAUGCACCGAAUGAAUGUCCACCGCGUCUCGACCGCGUCACCCCGAUACACUAUAUUUCGCCAGUUGAAGAGAUUGGAUAUGGUCCAGCUUGUUGGUUGUGGGACUACCUCAGACGUUCCGGUUUGAACGGUUACUAUCUCCCAUUGUCGGGUGGCGCUGACAGCGCUGCAACAGCAGCAAUCGUUGCUAUAAUGUGUCAGCUGGUAGUGAUGGAUGUGAGCAAAAAGUCGGAGCAGGUUAUUCGCGAUGUUCAGAGAAUCACCAACGAUAAAAACUACAUCCCAACCGACGCCAAAGAGUUGGCAAGCAGAAUAUUCUUCACCGCCUAUCUGGCAACGAAAAACAGUUCCAAAGAGACACGUGAUCGUGCUGCUCUGAUUGCUUCACAGGUCGGUGCUAUUCACAAAGUUGUCGAGAUUGACCAGAUUACAGACUCGUUCGGACAGGCAUUCUCAACAAUAACCAACAAGAUUCCAAAGUUCAAAGUACAGGGAGGAAGCAAUCGUGAGAAUUUGGCAUUGCAAAACGUACAGGCCAGAGCGAGAAUGGUGAUGUCCUAUCAUUUGGCAACACUGCUGCUCUGGGAAGCUGGAAGAGAAGGUUCACUGCUUGUUCUGGGCAGUGCGAAUGUCGAUGAAAGUCUGCGUGGCUACAUGACCAAGUAUGACUGUUCGAGUGCCGACAUUAACCCAAUUGGUGGCAUCUCCAAAGUUGAUUUGAAACGCUUCUUGAAAUGGGCAGCCGAACAUAAGAAUCUGCCAGCUCUACUCGAUGUCCUCACGGCCACACCAACCGCCGAGUUGGAACCAACCACUGAAAACUAUGUGCAAUCCGAUGAGGUCGAUAUGGGUAUGACCUACGAGGAGCUCAAUGAGUUUGGAAGACUUAGAAAGAUCAAUCGUUGUGGACCAGUCACAAUGUUUGAGCGUUUGGUAGCCGAUUGGAAUCAUUUGAAACCAGAGAUUGUGGCUGAAAAGGUGAAGCGAUUCUUUUAUUAUUAUGCCAUCAAUAGACACAAAAUGACAACAAUCACACCAUCCUAUCAUGCUGAGGCAUAUUCACCCGAUGACAAUCGUUAUGACCACCGUCCAUUCCUCUACAACACCAAAUGGGAUUCACAAUUCAAGUUGAUCGACGAGUUGGUAACACGUUACACUUCUUGUAAAUCUGUAAAACAAGAACAACCUCUACCAACUCAACUUUAA